AUGGCGGCUCUUCCUCAAGUGACUGCUCCAGCAGCAGUGAGCCACGACCAGACCACUUCGCAAACAACAAAGAAUGAUCUAUUUGAUACUAUGGAUGACUGGUUACGAAGGGACCGUUUCGUUUUUGUAGGAUGGUCUGGCCUAUUGCUCUUUCCUUGUGCUUAUUUCGCUUUAGGGGGUUGGUUUACAGGGACAACUUUUGUAACUUCUUGGUAUACCCAUGGAUUGGCUAGUUCCUAUUUGGAAGGUUGUAAUUUCUUAACCGCAGCAGUUUCUACCCCUGCCAAUAGUUUAGCACACUCUUUGUUGCUACUAUGGGGGCCCGAAGCACAAGGAGAUUUUACUCGUUGGUGUCAAUUAGGCGGUCUAUGGACUUUUGUAGCUCUCCACGGGGCUUUUGCACUAAUAGGUUUCAUGUUACGCCAAUUUGAACUUGCUCGGUCUGUUCAAUUGCGGCCUUAUAAUGCAAUCUCAUUCUCUGGUCCAAUUGCUGUUUUUGUUUCUGUAUUCCUUAUUUAUCCACUGGGGCAAUCUGGUUGGUUCUUUGCGCCGAGUUUUGGCGUAGCAGCGAUAUUUCGAUUCAUCCUUUUCUUCCAAGGAUUUCAUAAUUGGACGUUGAACCCAUUUCAUAUGAUGGGAGUUGCCGGAGUAUUAGGUGCGGCUCUGCUAUGCGCUAUUCAUGGAGCGACCGUAGAAAACACUCUAUUUGAGGACGGUGAUGGUGCAAAUACCUUCCGUGCUUUUAACCCAACUCAAGCUGAAGAAACUUAUUCAAUGGUCACUGCUAACCGCUUUUGGUCCCAAAUCUUUGGUGUUGCUUUUUCCAAUAAACGUUGGUUACAUUUCUUUAUGCUAUUUGUACCCGUCACCGGUUUAUGGAUGAGUGCUAUUGGCGGUGGGGGUUUGCCGAUGAGUGCUAUUGGCGUAGUUGGCUUGGCUCUGAACUUACGUGCCUAUGACUUUGUUUCCCAGGAAAUCCGUGCAGCGGAAGAUCCUGAAUUUGAGACUUUCUACACCAAAAAUAUUCUUUUAAACGAGGGUAUUCGUGCGUGGAUGGCAGCUCAGGAUCAGCCUCAUGAAAAUCUUAUAUUCCCUGAGGAGGUUCUACCACGUGGAAACGCUCUUUAAUGGAACUUUCGUUUUAGCUGGUCGUGACCAAGAAACCACCGGCUUUGCUUGGUGGGCUGGGAAUGCCAGACUUAUCAAUUUGUCCGGUAAACUGCUUGGAGCUCAUGUAGCUCAUGCCGGAUUAAUCGUAUUCUGGGCCGGAGCAAUGAACCUAUUUGAAGUGGCCCAUUUCGUACCAGAAAAGCCCAUGUAUGAACAAGGGUUGAUUUUACUUCCACACUUAGCUACUCUAGGUUGGGGAGUAGGGCCAGGGGGGGAAGUUCUAGAUACUUUUCCGUACUUUGUAUCUGGCGUACUUCACCUAAUUUCCUCCGCAGUCUUAGGCUUCGGUGGCAUUUAUCACGCGCUUCUGGGACCCGAGACUCUUGAGGAAUCUUUUCCAUUCUUUGGUUAUGUCUGGAAAGAUAGAAAUAAAAUGACUACAAUUUUGGGUAUUCACUUAAUUUUGUUAGGUCUAGGUGCUUUUCUUCUAGUACUCAAGGCUCUUUAUUUUGGCGGUGUAUAUGAUACCUGGGCCCCUGGGGGGGGAGAUGUAAGAAAAAUUACCAAUUUGACCCUUAGUCCCAGUGUUAUAUUUGGUUAUUUACUAAAAUCUCCUUUUGGUGGAGAAGGGUGGAUUGUUAGUGUAGAUGAUUUAGAAGAUAUAAUUGGUGGGCAUGGGUGGAUUUUAGUGUAGAGUAUUUAGAAGAUAUAAUUGGUGUGGCAUGUAUGGUUGGGUUUUAUUUGUGUAUUUGGCGGAUGAAUUUGGCAUAUUUUAACCAAACCCUUCGCAUGGGCUCGCCGUGCAUUUGUAUGGUCUGGAGAAGCUUACUUGUCUUAUAGUUUAGCUGCUUUAUCUGUCUUUGGUUUUAUCGCUUGUUGUUUUGUAUGGUUCAAUAAUACAGCUUAUCCGAGUGAGUUUUAUGGACCCACCGGGCCAGAAGCUUCUCAAGCUCAAGCAUUUACUUUUCUAGUUAGAGACCAGCGUCUUGGAGCUAAUGUGGGAUCCGCUCAAGGACCCACAGGUUUAGGUAAAUAUCUAAUGCGUUCCCCAACUGGGGAGGUUAUCUUUGGAGGGGAAACUAUGCGUUUUUGGGACCUUCGUGCUCCAUGGUUAGAACCUCUAAGGGGCCCCAACGGUUUGGACUUGAGUAGGUUGAAAAAAGACAUACAACCUUGGCAAGAACGACGCUCAGCAGAAUAUAUGACCCACGCUCCUUUAGGCUCUUUAAAUUCCGUGGGUGGCGUAGCUACCGAGAUCAAUGCAGUUAAUUAUGUCUCUCCUAGAAGUUGGUUAUCAACUUCUCAUUUUGUUCUAGGAUUCUUCUUUUUUGUGGGCCAUUUAUGGCAUGCAGGAAGAGCCCGAGCUGCUGCAGCCAGGUUUUGAAAAGGGAAUCGAUCGUGAUUUGGAACCUGUUCUUUACAUGAACCCUCUUAACUAAGAUUUUCUUAUUUAUACCUGUUCUACUUUUUUUCUUCUGGCUCGGUUAUUCCAUCUAGCCGAGCCAUUCAUUCCUUUUUAUGAAAGAAAGAUAAGGGACAGAAAAAAUGAAAGAAACAAACGUAUUCAAUAAGCAAAAGGAGAGAGAGGGAUUCGAACCCUCGAUAGUUCCUAGAACUAUACCGGUUUUCAAGACCGGAGCUAUCAACCACUCAGCCAUCUCUCCACAGCCUAAUCCUUAUUUUACUCCUACAAAUAGAACAUAGCCAUAUAAAAAAUAAAAAGAUUUAUUAGCCUCUAGAAAGAUAUCAGAUACAAGUUCCUUUUCGAUAUAUCUCUGUAUACUGUAUACACGGAUACAGGAUCCGCUAUACCCGCUUGUGAAAUAAAGAGUAAAUAAUCUCUUCUCACCCCCAUAUCCAAAUAAAAAAGCGGUUUAAGUAAUAAAUUUGAAUUAAAGAGAAGAAUCAAUGGAUUCAUGAUUAAACCCCUCCUACUUCUUGUAUUUUUUUACAAUUUUGGUUUAAGU